CUGUAACCAAAAUAAGUAGACCGUCGGGGCUUUCGCCUAUUUUACUUGCAUACAGUGCAACACCACACAACCCGCGAACCUCUACAGCAAGAGGGCGUAUCAACGUCGCACUUCAACAGUUAGUAUGCAUAGUAUAGAGUGCAGCAGAACGGCGGUAACUGUUCGCGGGCCCGGUCGUCAACAACGCCAUGGCGCACAAUCCGCAACAGACACCAGGCGGUCUUUGUUACUAGCCAAUCCUGCAAUCUCGAGGCCCCCUUUCUGCACUGCAACACCCGGUUCUACCCCAUAUCGCGCUGGUGUUGUAGCGUCUGCUUCUGGCGGUCGCAUCGUGGGUCGGGCGCCCCGCUUGGCGGACCCGGUUGAUUUCGACUCGGUUGGGUUUCGCUACGACCCAGCUAACAACCGUUGGUUGCGAGACGACCGCUUCGCGGGCAAAUUCGACCAGACGCUGGCCACCCCCAGGAGCGGCACCCCCUAUGUGGUGUGGCCGGCCAUGCACACGCUGCUGGUCAGCAAGGGGCUGCGCAGCGUCACGCCGGAGGAGGCGCUGACCCUGCAGCAGACCCAGGGCUGGACCCUGCUGGACGUGCGGCUGCAGGCGGAUUACGACAAGGUCCACGCCGCUGGCGCUGUGAGCCUGCCGCUGUACCGCUACGUGGCGGGCAGCGGCUUCUGGGACAACGUGAAGAAGGCGGCCAUGGCGGUGGGGUUCGCCAUGCGGGCAACAGAGCGCGACCCCGAGUUCCCCUCCAAGGCGCUGGCCAGCUUCCGGCGCAACCAGCCGCUGCUGCUGAUGUGCGCCAUCGGGGGCAGCCUGGACACGCUGCUGGACCUGCGUGCGGGUGUGAAGCCGGCCAUUCGCGACCCCGAGAGGGCCUUCGGGCGGGAGUCCAGGUCGCUCAAGGCGGCCUACGAGCUGAUCAAUAAUGCCGGCUGGAGCGCCAACAACCUGUUCUGGGUGGAGGGAGGCCUGCAGCAGUGGCGGCACCGGGGCCUGCCCACGGAGACGGGGGAGGAGGGCAGCCAGUGAGUGAGAAAGAGAAGGGGAGGGAAAAAAAGAAAUUCCAAAGUGAAGGGGAGGGGGGGAGGAGAGAGAGUGCGGAAAAUGCCGGGGGCUGACAUAGGUAGAUAACGAGCGACAGAAAGGAGGAUCGAGGUGAGGUGGUAGUACCGAUGCCACAGAUGCACGUCUUGGGCCUUGCUAUGCCUUGUUGUCCUUGAAGGUAGGAGCGGAGGCGAGGGGGUGCUCCAUCAUCGUUUGCUAUUAUUGUUCUAAAGGCAUUCCAUACAGAGAUCGAGGGAGGACGGUUGCAGGGGCUUUGCACGUUAAACAUAUACCAUGCUGUUAUGUUCAUUGGUGAGGGUCUGGAAGAUGCGGCUACCGACGUUCCAUCAUCCGUUAAACCAUACUUAAGCGGAGUGCAUGGCUAUUGGCAAACGGUUUCGCGGGGUCGUGGUGGCUGUGCGAGUGGAGGGGAGAGGCGCUGCUAGAGCGGGUUUGCCGAGAUGUCGUAUGUUUGGGUGUUGUUUGUGAGGAUGUUUAGACGGGAUACUCAAGACACGGAGAGGGAGAAAGUCAUGUAAGUUUUCGCUGUAGAA